CUGAGGAACCCAGCAGCCCUGGGGAGGUGGGGAGCCAGGAGUUUGAGGAGGAGCAGGCCAGGACCAGGUCUGUCUGUCCGACCCAGGGCCCAGCUCCAGGCGGGCUCAAUGAUGUCAUAGCCAGGCCAGGGGUGGGGGCAGAGAACAACUCUGUCUUAACUUGUUUUUCAAGGGGAGAGAGAGAGACAAAGAGAGACAGAGAAACCGAGAGAGACCAAGAGACGGGGAGAUUGGAAGAGCCAGAGAUAGGGCGCCGGGGCCAGAGACAGGCAGAGGCAGCUGUGAGGAGGAGCCCCAGCCAGGACAGGCCAGGCAGGGGCUGAGCCGACAUGGAGCAGUUACCCAGAAAAGUUCUCCUCUGGCAUCUCCUGCUUCUGCAGAGCUGCAGUGUCCACUUGUUCUCAGUCGUGCCCCCAGGAUCAGGGGCCAGCACGGUGGUGUCAGAAGCAACCCUGAACCAGACUGCGGGGGCCCGAGCCCUGCUUCGAUGCCAGAGCCCACGCAUGGUGUGGACUCAGGACCGGCUACAUGACCGGCAGCGAGUAGUCCACUGGGACCUGAGUGGCGGCCCUGGUGGCCCUGCACGCCGACUCCUGGACAUGUAUUCAGCCGGGGAGCAGCGCGUCUACAUGGCCAGGGACCAGAACCGCCUCCUCCUGGCUCCCACAGCCUUCCAGGAGGGCAAUUUUUCUCUGAUCAUCCGCUCCGUGGAGGAGCGAGACGAAGGCUUGUACACCUGUAAUCUUCACCAUCAUUACUGCCACCUCUAUGAGACCCUGGCCAUUCUCCUGCAGGUCACUGAUGACCCCCUGGCAGCUGGUGCCCACUGGGACGGUGAGAAGGAGGUCCUGGUGGUAGAGAGGGGCUCCCCAGCACUGCUGACCUGUGUGAACAGAGCCCAGGUGUGGACUGAACGGCACCUGGAGGAAGAGCAGCAGGUAGUACACUGGGACCGCCAGCCUCCAGGAGUCCCUCAUGACCGUGCUGACCGCCUACUGGACCUGUAUGCCUCUGGCGAACGGCGCGUCUAUGGCCCCCCCUUUUUGCAUGGACGAAUGGAGGUCAGCAUGGAUGCCUUUGCCCGGGGGGACUUCUCCCUGAGCAUUGACCCCUUGGAGCUGGCAGACGAGGGCACCUACUCCUGUCACCUGCAUCAUCACUACUGUGGACUCCACGAGAGGCGCAUCUUCCACCUGGCUGUCUCAGAGCCCGCCCCUGAACCCCGUGGCCCUCCCCUGGUGCCUGAGGACACUCCCAGCAACCGGAGCAGCCAGAGCCGAAGCCCCUCCCCUGCUGAUCCCCCAGUGGUCCAUGGCCACAACGUCAUCAACGUCAUCAUCCCUGAAAGCCGGGCCCACUUCUUCCAGCAGCUGGGCUAUGUGCUAGUCACCCCGCUUCUCUUCAUCCUUCUCCUCGUCACUGUGGUCCUCGCCACCCGCCAUUGGAGGCGGCAGAGAGGCUAUGCAUAUGAUGUGAAGAAGUCAGGCGGGAAAGAUGUUAAUAUGAAGGAAUUUUCAGUGGAUUCAGCUGACUUGUCUCAGCUUAGAAACGAGGACAUCAGGCUGGAUUAUAAAAACAAUAUCUUGAAGGAGCGAGUGGAUCUGGCCUUGGGGGCCCUAGCCAAAAAUAUUGACUUAGACAGAGGUGAGAGACCUUGUUCCGGAAGGAAUACUGUAAAUGAAGACGCCUGGCAUCAGCCCCGUCCUCAGAAGAUCCCCUUCCCCAUUUCUGCCCCCAUUGCCCCUGUUCCCAUCAUGACCUCCUCCCACUCAUCCAGGACUUCCAUCUGGUCUGGCCCACCCCUGCGGCAGGUUCCGCUCUCUUUGGGGUUUGAUUGGAUCUUGGCCGCCAGGAUGGGGUGAGUUUGGGGGUGAGAAGCCCCAUUUAUGCUGGACUUUUCACACCCCACCUUUCUUUCAGGCCCAGAGGCCCAGGGCUGGACCCUCCCUCUGUGCCCAAGGUCAGAGCCUCCCCUGCUCCCUGGGGUCUCUCAGGACAGUGUCUCCUCUAGGGUCCUUUACCCCUGUACCCUGCUCACCCUUCCCACCAAUGGACCAAGGCACAUAGGACACGCCCUGGCUGGUGCCUUGUGAUUUGGGACAGGGGGUGUUCCUAUGUCCCGCCACUCUCUACAAGCUGAAAAUUCAAUGCUGGGACCUAGACUAGGCCUGGCCUCCUGAACCACUCCCCGCCUGUUGUAAACUACUUUCCCAACUCCUGCCAGCAGCCUGUGCCCAGGCCAUAUCAUGCCGGCUCUGCCCUCUAAGCCUUCUUUUUCCUCUGGCCUUGGCACUGGUUGCUGCAGCAGGACCUGGUGCUCUCCAGCCCUAAACUGUCUCUGCCCCACUGUACCCUGACCCCCAAACUGGAAUUCUUUCCCCCUCCCCUCCUGGGGCUGUACAAGAGCCCUCAUUUCUGUGGUUUUGGCUGCGCUUACCCCGCGGGCGUGGCACAACGUGACUGGAUGUGGAAGAUGUGGUUGCCCUGCCAAGUGGAACUGAGCUCUGUAGAAGCCCUCUGGGAAAACUUCAUUGACAGAACUCCUAGGGAGUUGACUUAGGAAGGAAGUUAGGGGAUAGAAAAGAAGGAAAGAGCUAAAUGGAUGCUGAGUGUCAUACGGAGGGAGAGAAGAAAGUGACAUGGGAAAGAAACUCACAAUUUUGAUUUUCCUGGGCUGGAAAUUUCUGCUAAUUUGUGUUUCAGAAACUGUUCAUUGGGAAGGUAUCCCCUGGGGCGACUCCCAGCUAGUGGAUGGGAAAGGAGGAGAAGAGAUGGGGAGGGCUGAGUGGGGACCCCCACAAUCUACCGCAGGGUUCUCCUGGGAGGUAGAGUUUAGGGUUGGCUUUGGGUAACUGGGCAGUGGAACCUUCCCUCACUUCCCCCAUCACAGAUGACACUCCUGGAAACCCAGAGGGGAGUGGAAUGGCCCAGCUAUAGGCAGGCCCUGGAAGACAGCCUCCUCCCCCAAUCCCCUCAUCACAGCCCCAGAAACCCCUCAGCAAACCAAUGUAGGCAAUGCUCAAUGAUUUGACUGUGCUGUAUAUCCUUUGUGAGCUAUGGGUGGCCAAAUUAACCUCUGCCUAGGGAGCUAAGGACAGGCUGAUUCCCUGUCGGACCAGCCUGUGUCAGCCAAGAGUGAUGCCCACCGUUAUUUAUUCUACAUAGGUGGUUUAAAUGAUCACUGAAGCCUGGCUAGCUGCACUCUGUCUGGGUUACCUGGAUUUUUCUGUAAUUACCUGGUGUCUGGGAGUUUUCUGUAUCACCCCUAACUCCAUUUGGAAUGGUUAGUCAUAGAUCAGUACUCCUUUUCUCCAAAGUCCUGGGCACUGAUGGCUGGGAGAGGACUGGGCAUACUUUGCCAGGUGGGAGUGAGAUAGUGGAAGGUGUCAAGAGAACUCAGAAUUGGAGUGUGGAUGGCCCCCCCUUAGCUCUGCCUGUCUGGUACUUCAAGCUGUGGAACUGUCCCUGGGAUUCCAGAGCAAAUUGGAGAUGUCUUGAACUCUCCCCUUUUAUCAAUCAAUAAUUAUUAAGCACCUACUGUGUGCCAGGCUCUGGGAUAAUACACAAAAGUCUCUCCAUUAGAUUGUG